UACACAUUUAUUUCAACAUUGGUUUCUUCGCUUCCAGAGGGGAAUUAGCAUUUCAGUAAAACCCCAAUUUGUGUAUAAUGCUUUAUUACAGAAUAAGAUAUGAUUCUUGCACCAAAUUUGUGUUUCAGAACAAUCCCAACAACAUGCACAACCAUUAAGCAUCAAAAGGAACAGCGCCAACUCAACCAGGUAACUCAAACAAAAACAAAAUUGUGCGAGUGUUUUGAUUUGCACAAGGAGCUUAUUCCAUAUGGAAAGGCGUGGUCUUGGCAAAAACAAAUUGUUAAACAAAAGAAAGCUUUGGUCCAAAAAAAUGAGGAUUGCCCAGAUACAUUAAUCAUUCUUCAGCAUAACCCUGUUUAUACAAUGGGCACCAGUAGCUCGGAAAAGUAUUUGAAUUUUGACAUAAAGGAAGCUCCUUUUGAUGUUUAUCGAACUGAACGCGGCGGGGAAGUUACAUACCAUGGGCCUGGACAGCUGGUUAUGUAUCCAAUUAUUAAUCUCCGGAAUCACAAGAUGGAUCUUCAUUGGUAUCUGAGGGCACUUGAGGAGGUGGUGAUUCGUGUUCUUUCAUCAACAUUUUCUAUUAAAGCUUCUAGGCUUGAGGGUUUAACGGGUGUUUGGGCUGGAAAUCAGAAAUUGGCUGCAAUUGGUAUAAGAGUAGCUCAGUGGAUAACAUACCAUGGGUUGGCACUUAAUGUCUCCACAGACCUAACUCCGUUCAGUUGGAUCGUCCCUUGUGGGUUACAGGACCGUCAAGUUGGAAGCAUAAAGGGGUUACUUCAAGAAUUUCAGUCAUCUACAAGUGGUGAAACAGUUACACCGAGUCCUGAUGAUUAUCGGUUGAUUGAUAUCUCCUACAAAUCCUUGAUUACGGAGUUUUCUGAAGUUUUUAAUCUUGAAAUCCACCAAAAGGCCAGCCUUAUGUCAGAAAUUUGGGGAGAGAACCAUUAACCAGAUUGAAGGAGCUUGAAAGAAUUGUAAACUGCCUCAAACCAAUAUACCGGUGCAGCCAGUGAGAUAUCUAUGAAUGCUUCUAUUCCAGGUCAAGAACUAGUUUAGUUAACUCUUCUGUUCAAUCUCCAUAAUAUAGCACUUAUCAAAAUGAAAAAAAGAAACAUUUUUUUGGUUCAAACAUCAAAGCAGACAAAACAAAUAUUAAUACACUAAAAAUCAGAGACAAAGAGCCAAAGAAACAUGCACUUUGACACAUCUCCAAUCCGAACAUUUCCAUUUCUUAGUACGAUGUCGCCUGCAGGAGCCUGCAAAUUUUGAUAAUUGGAGACAAGUGAAUUUCUGGCUUUGAUAAAAUUAAUGGAAAAAAAAAAAAAGAAAAAAACACAAAUGGGAUGGUGAGGUUUAACGUUAAAAAUGUAAGAAACUUCAGUGAAAUUUAGGAGAGAUUUGCUUGCAGGUUGUUGAGAGAGGUUCCGAUGAUUGGACAACUUGAGCUUUGGGACAGGAAAUCCAAGACAAACGGAUUGAAGUUCCAUGCUUUAGGGUUGUAGCAGAGUUCGUUUCAGCUGCUGGUUGUCAUGUCACUGCUUAAACCCUCCAAGCACGAGGUGGUUGGUCAGUUGGAGAGUUGGGUUAGUUGUUCCGACCCUUUCCUUUCCACGGCAAACGUAACAAUUAAAGGCCCAAGAAUCAGCUUAUAUGGUUUUACUUAUAACAAUCUAUGGCCCAUGAAUCAGCUUUUCGGCUCAGGCUGAACAGGGCCCAAAGUUUGCACAGACAAGGUUCUUUAAAAGCUGCUAAACCCGCAUGCUAGAAGUGGAUUAAGUCACGUGAAAUUUAUGUCUAGUUUGGCCGGUAGUGAGAACCAGCCGCAAUCCAGGAUAAUGGGUCGGACGUCGAAGAGCUGCGAGCAGGGCAGCAGUUUUGGACUGUUGCCUUGAGUUUG